UCUAGCAAAAGUGAGAAAGAGAAGGUAUAAGACCCUAGUAAUUUCGGCAAAACUGUGUUAACAAACAAUACUAGUUUGCAUAUUGCUCUAGCAUUACAAACAACAACAACAACAAUAACUCAGUAUAAUCUCAUUAGUGAGGUCUAAAUAGGUUAUUAUGGACACUCCUACUCUGCUGUAGAGAGUCUGUUUCCGAUAGAUCCUCGGCUCUCUCCCUCCAAGAACUCGCCACCUUGCUCUUGGGGUUACUCGAACUCACAACCUCUUGGUUGGAAGCAGAAGGUGCUUACUACUAGAGCAACCCACUCUUGUCAAAGCAUAUUGCUCUAGCAUUGAAUAGCUCUCAGAAAUGGAGAUUGGUUUAGCAGUUGGUGGUGCAUUUCUCUCUUCAGUUUUUAAUGUUCUCCUUGAUAGGCUUGCUCCUCAGGGUGAGCUGCUGAAGAUGUUUCAGAGGCAAAAACAUGAUUUUCGACUCUUAGAGAAGCUGAGGAGGACAUUGUGUGGUUUUCGGGCUGUACUAAGUGAUGCAGAGAAUAAGCAGACAUCGAAUCUAGACGUGAGUCAGUGGCUUAAUGAACUUCGGGAUGCUGUGGACAGUGCUGAAAACUUAAUCGAAGAGGUCAAUCAUGAAGUUUUGAGAAUUAAGGUAGAAGGUCAGCAUCAAAAUCUUCCAGAAACAAGCAAACAACAAGUAAGUGACCUGAACUUGUGUUUGAGUAAUGAUUUUAUUAUUAACAUAAAGGAGAAACUGGAAUACACCAUUGAAACUCUGGAGGAGUUGCAAAAGCAAAUUGGUCACCUUGGCCUUAAAGAGUAUUUUUAUUCGGGUAAACGAGAAACUAGAAGACUUUCAACUUCUGUGGUUGAUGAAUCUGAUAUCUUUGGUAGGCAGAAUGAAAUAGGGGAAUUGGUUGACCGUUUAUUAUCGGUUGAUACAACUGGAAAAAAAUUGACUGUAAUUCCUAUUGUUGGAAUGGCUGGGAUUGGCAAAACAACACUAGCUAAAGUUGUUUACAAUGAUGAGAAGGUGAAAGAGUAUUUUGAUUUGAAAGCUUGGUUUUGUGUGUCUGAACCAUAUGAUGCUUUUAGAAUAACAAAAGGGUUACUUCAAGAAAUUGGCUUAAUCCUUGAUGCCAAUCUUAAUCAGCUACAGGUCAAAUUGAAGGAAAACUUAAAGGGAAAAAAGCUUCUUAUUGUUCUAGAUGAUGUUUGGAAUGACAACUAUAAUGAGUGGGAUGAUUUGAGAAAUCUUUUUGUACAAGGAGGCGUAGGAAGUAAGAUCAUUGUGACAACACGUAAGGAAAGUGUUGCUAUGACGAUGGGUAAUGACGACCAAAUUAGCAUGGACACUUUGUCUAGUGAAGUCUCUUGGUCUUUAUUCAAACGACAUGCAUUUGAAAACAUGGAUCCUAAGGAACAUCUAGAACUUGAAGAGGUUGGGAAACACAUUGCAGCUAAGUGCAACGGAUUACCGUUAGCUCUAAAGACACUUGCUGGCAUGUUACGCUCCAAAUCAGAUACUGAAGGGUGGAAACACAUUUUAAGAAGUGAAAUAUGGGAGUUGUCGGACAAUGGCAUAAUACCAGCAUUAAUGUUGAGCUACAAUGAUCUUCCCGCACAUUUGAAGCGAUGUUUUUCCUAUUGUGCAAUAUUUCCCAAAGAUUAUCCAUUUCGAAAAGAACAAGUAAUUCAAUUGUGGAUUGCUAAUGGCCUAGUACAUGGGUUGCAAAAAGAUGAAACAAUUGAAGAUUUGGGCAACCUAUACUUUCUCGAGUUGAGAUCAAGAUCAUUGUUCGAAACGGUCCGACAGUCUUCUCAAAGGAAGGUAGAGGAAUUCUUAAUGCAUGACCUUGUUAAUGAUUUGGCCCAAAUUGCAUCUUCAAAACUUUGUAUCAGGUUGGAAGAUAAUAAUGGAUCUCAUAGAUUGGAAAAAAGUCGACACCUCUCAUAUUCAAUGGGUUGUGAUAACUUUGAGAAAUUGAAAUCCCUGCAUGAAUUGGAGCAAUUGAGGACAUUGCUUCCGAUAAGCCUCAAACCCAAUUAUAUUCCAAUUUAUCUAAGCAAGAGGGUGCUGCAUAACAUAUUGCCAAGACUAACAUCCUUAAGGGCACUAUCAUUGUCUCAUUAUGCUAUCAAAGAGUUGCCGAAUGACUUGUUCAUCAAAUUAAGACUCCUAAGGUUUUUGGACCUUUCUUGGACAAAGAUAAAAAAAUUGCCAGAUUCAGUUUGUGUACUGUAUAACUUAGAGACAUUUCUCUUAUCAUUUUGUGAUUAUCUUGAGGAGUUGCCAUUGCAGAUGGAAAAGUUGAUCAACUUACGUUACCUUAAUAUUAGCGGCAAUUCUCGCUUGAAGAUGUCGUUACAUCCAAGAAAGUUGAAAAGCCUCAAGGUCUUAGUGGGAGCUAAAUUUCUUCUAAGUGGUUGUAGUGGUUUGAGAAUCGAAGAUUUGGCUGAAUUGCAGAACUUGUAUGGAUCUGUAUCAAUUCUAGAAUUGCAAAAUGUGGCUGACAUAAGGGAAGCUUUGAAGGCAAACAUGAGGGGAAAGGAGCAUAUAGAGAAGUUAUCAUUGGAGUGGAGUGGAGAUAUUGCCGACAACUCACAAAAUGAAGGAGACAUACUUGAUGAGUUACAACCAAAUACAAACAUAAAAGAACUCGAGAUCACCGGAUAUAGAGGGACAAAUUUUCCAAAUUGGCUAGCUGAUCAUUCCUUUCUUAAACUGGUGAAAUUUUCUCUUACUGACUGCAAGUAUUGUUAUUCGCUGCCCGCACUAGGACAACUUCCUUCUUUGAAAUUCCUUACCAUUAGAGGGAUGCAUCAAAUAUCAGAGGUGACUGAAGAAUUCUAUGGUAGUUUGUCUUGCAAAAAGCCAUUUAACUCUCUUGAGAUGCUUGAAUUUUCAAAGAUGCUAGAGUGGAAGCGGUGGCAUGUACUAAGGAAUGGGGAGUUCCCUGCACUUCAGUACCUCAGAAUUGAAGAUUGUCCCAAGUUGAUUGGGAGGUUGCCUGAAAAUCUUUGUUCUUUAACAACAUUGAAAAUUUCAAAAUGUCCUAAACUCAAUUUGGAGACACCUAUCCAACUUUCAGGUUUAAAAGAGUUUGAAGUUGUUGGUUCUCCUAAGGCUGGAGUUCUUUUUGAUCAUGCUGAAAUGUUUACAUCCCUACUUCAGGGAAUGAAGCACAUAGUUAAAUUAAAUAUUAUUGAGUGUUACUCUCUUACAUCCUUACCUAUUAGCAGUCUGCCAAGUACCUUGAAGGAAAUAAAGAUAUAUCAAAAUCAGAAAUUGAAAUUGGAGUUGUCAGUUAGUGAGAUGAUCUCUAGCAGAAGUCACAUGUUUCUCGAGAGAUUGACACUAGCUGGAUGUUAUUCUAUAGAUGAUAUACCAGCUGAGUUGGUCCCAAGUGCACACAUUUUGAGAAUUGAGCGUUGUCACCGCCUCACAAGGCUUUUGAUUCCCACUGGGAUUGAGAUACUCGAAAUUAACAGAUGUGAGAAUCUUGAAAUACUUUCGGUGGCAUGUGGGAAACAGACCAGGUCGUUGCAUGACUUGCAUAUUAACAAAAGCCAGAAGCUGAAGUUGCUACCAGAAGGAAUGCAAGAAUUCCUUCCAUCUCUUAAGAAACUGAUACUAGAAAAUUGUCCAGAAAUCGAGUCCUUUCCUGAAGGAGGAUUGCCCUUCAAUUUAGAAGUCCUUCACAUCGUCGAUUGCAAGAAACUGGUGAAUGGCCGAAAGGAGUGGGGUUUACAGAGACUUCCCUGUCUCACAAGUUUACGCAUCUUCCAUGAUGGCAGUGACCAAGAGAUUCUUGGUGAUGAGAAUUGGGAGUUGCCUUGCUCUAUUCGACGUCUUUGGGUAUCCAAUCUGAAAACAUUAAGCAGCCAAGUUCUCAAAAGCCUCACCUCUCUUGAAUUUCUAUUUACUUACAAUUUACCUCAAAUUCAGUCACUGCUAGAAGAAGGGCUUCCCUCGUGUCUUUCUCAUCUAACAUUAAAUGAUCAUAAUGAGCUCCAUUCACUACAAACCGAAGGUCUUAGGCGCCUCACUUCGCUUCGAAGCCUAAAGAUAUACCACUGCCAUCAACUCCAAUCUAUUCCAGAAUCAGCGCUGCCCUCCUCCCUCUUUGAGCUGUUUAUUGAAAACUGCCCUAAUCUCCAAUCUGUUCAAGUAAAAAGAAAGCCGUCCGUCCUCUCUCUGCUGCAUAUCUGUCACUGUGGUAAUCUCCAACCUCUUCCAGAAUCAGUGUUGCCUUCCUCCCUAUCUAAGCUGGUUAUCUUUCAUUGCCCUAAACUCCAAUCUCUUCCGGUAAAAGGGAUGCCCUCUUCCAUCUCUACACUAUGGAUUCACAACUGUCCAUUGCUCAAACCAAGUCUAGAAUUUGAGGAGGGGGAUUACUGGCCAAAAAUUGCUCAAAUUCCCACCAUAAAAGUCGAUGAGGAAUACCUCUAAUGAUUAUGACGAGUGGUGCUCUGAUAAAUUGAGUUGAGGUGGUUCACUCCUGAGAUUUGAUCUGUCUUCUGGAACUUAAAUGUCUAAGUGAAGAAAGACUGCUAUGUGUCAAGUGUGGUAUGAUUGGACAAUCAUCUCAGCUACAAGGAAAAGUUUCUGCCUGCAGUUGAAUAAAGUCUCACAUUAAUAUAAUGGUCUGUUUCACAGUUUGAGAAAGAAAAGAAAAUCUGUGCAAGUGUUAAGUCAUAUGUGGAGCAUUGACAGUUUUCCCUAAAUGAAAGGAAUAGAUAAUUAUGUCAUCUUAAGCAUUUAUUCUAUGCUGAUUUUAUUCUU